CUACCAAUCGCAAAAGUUCUCUCGUUAAUUUUUUUUUUUUAUUUCAAUUUUAGGCCGCCUGUUCUCCAAAAUUUGAAAAACCUCUCCCCCUCGCCCUUCCUUCUCGUCUUCCGCAGAAACCAUCAGCCCACUCUCUCCUCCUUCGAUAACCUAAUUUUGGUUCGAUCUGUGAAUUUCAUUUCAUCAGAUGGAAGAUUCUGUGGAAAACAUCGAUCUCGAAGUGAAUGGGUUUAGUCUCAUCGACAUCUCGUGCGAGGACGAUUUUCUCAUCAACAAUUUCCCUGCUCGUGAUCCGCAGCAUCUGCAAUCCUCAGGAAAUCGUCGGGUUGAAUUUUUGGAAGUUGUGGAUGCCAACAAUGUAGAUAACUCAGUAGCAUACCAUGAAGAGCCUUCAGGGGAACAAGUACCUCAAUCACAAUCACCGGAAAUGACAAGGAAAAGUGGGAAGUACAACUUGCGAAAAAGUUUAGCCUGGGACAGUGCUUUCUUCACAAGCGCAGGUUUUCUGGAACCUGAGGAAUUAUCUAGCAUGAUUCGGGGCACAGAAAAGGGUGAAAAACAAGCAUUACCUGGAAUUCAAGAGGAAAUGCAUCGGUCCACAGAAUCAUUAUCUACAAUAGAAAGUGAUAGUUUGACACUAGAAAAUCUUGAGGGUGAUUUAUUUGAAGACAUCAGAGCUUCCAUCCAGAAAUCCAGCAAAGUUAAGAACACAACAAAUUUAAGCAGUAAAGGGGGAUCAGGAGGAACAGAAGCUUCAGACCUUCCUGUAAAUUUUCUCUCAGCUUCAAAGAAAGGGAGCCUUCCUUCUCAAGAUAAGAAAAUCACAGUUGCUGCCAAGAAGCAAAAUAUGGGAAUGCAUGGUGUAGGGAAAACAACAAAACAGGCUGGCGAGUUUUGUAAGCCACCAAAGAUGGUGGGAAGGGUUACUCCUAUCUCAAUAGUAUCAACCAAGAGAGCUUCCUUGAGCACUAACAAUCUCGAAACAGACAAAGAUAAAGCAAAAGCUUCCACUGCUGCCGUGAGAGGGGCUCCAACAUUGAGGCAACCUGCUUCUGGUGGUUUAAGAAAUGGAGUGCCUAAGCCUAGACCGCCACUGAAAUCUAGGGCCAAUUCGUCAGCAGCAUCGAGAACAGUGCUAAAAACGUUACGUUCCUCAAUAGAUAGCGCUGGAAGUACUUCCUCAGACAGCAGCGGUAAAUCUUCUUUGAAGUCAGUGAAAAGAAAAAAUGACCCCGGAACUCGUAAUUCUUCUACCCAUGAUCGGACCACUGAAAGUCCAUCAAGAAUUGCUUCAAAAAAGAAGAAUCAGUUGGGAACCUCACGUCUUUCAUCGUAUUUGACGUCUGUAAACCAACUCUCUUCUAGCAUAUCACCUGCUAGCUCUAUCAGCGAAUGGUCCUCAGAAUCAUCUUCAUCACAUGCUGCCAAUCAAAGGUCUAACAUUUCAAGAACUAGCCUUGACACUAGAAGUGGAAAACAAGCCUCUGCUGGUGGUGAUACUCUUCCUGGUUCAAAUGCUCAAAAUUGCUUGAAUGAUCAAGGCUCAGAUGGCCUUGAUUCUCAGAGUUCUGGUUCCAUGGAUGAUUGUUUAAAGAAAGCUUCAAGAGGAACUGGUGGACUUGUUCAACCAGCUUCAACAAAACCCACAGGCCUUCGAAUGCCAUCACCAAAAAUGGGCUUCUUUGAUGGGAUGAAAUCAGCAGCGCGCACUCCCAGUGGAAGCAUGCGCUCUCAUUCUGGCUCUCCCACUGGCUUUCCUAAAACAGAAGCAGAAAGUGUCAACUCAAGUUCGGCAAAGAUUGGAAAGAUUCAACCUGGCAGAGUUAAAUCAGAAGUUGUGAGAACCAAACCUGAUGCUCGGCAAACUUCCUUGAGCAUAAAGCAUGGUUCUCGUUCACCUCUUCAGGAAUGCUUCAAAGUCCCUACAGCUAAAAGAAAUGUCAGAGGUAGUCCUCUCUUGUCUCCAAAAAUUCAGGCGAAAAUAUCUCCCAGAACUAGUAAAGAUAGCAAGUUGACAACCGAGGUAGGUGGAUCUAAAGGAUGUGAUAUGGUUAUAGAUGACGUAUAUUUAGAAAAGGAUGGCAGCCUAGAUGUUCUAAACAAUGCAUUACAGGCGGAUUGCAAGGGUGUAACCUUUGUCAGUAAUAUCCAGAUUACCGCUACCAAUGGGGGAGCUGAUGUGGCUGGUUGUCGAAGUUCCAUUUGUGAUACUGAGAAGGUAAACCCACCUCAUAAAGGGGAUGAAGGUAAUGAUUCAGAAAAAGCUCAUCUUGAAGAUCAAGUUUUUGGUUUGAGUAAUCAAGUUGGAGCUUUGAAUAUCAAUAUGGACAAUCAUGAAGAGUUAACCAGUCAUUCUAUUUCUCCCGAUCGAGUUAAUAUAAGCAGUAAAGAUAACACUAUUCAAGAGUUCUCAAAGUUGCCAACAACAUCCGAAAGUGAAGAUAGCAAGUUGAUAACUGAGGUAGGUGGAUCUAAAGGAUGUGACAUUGCCAUAAAAGUGGUACCUUUGGAAACGGAUAGCAGCCUAGAUGCUCUGAAUAUUGCACUACAGAUGGAUAGCAAGGAUGUUAACCAUGUCAAUAAUAUCCAUAAUAGCCCUAUCAACGAGGGAGCUGAUAUUUCUGGUGGUCCAAGUUCCAUUUGUGACACUGAGAAGGUGCCCUCACCUCAUAAUGCUGAUGAAGGUGCAAUAUGUUGCCAAAGUUGUGCGAAGAAUGAUUCAGAAAAAGCUUGUCUUGAGGAUCAAGUUGAUGGUUUGUGCAAACUAGUUGGAGCUUUGAGGAUCAGUGUGGACAAUCAUGAAGAAUUAAUAACUGAUUCCCUUUCUCCUGAUCAAGUUUAUCUAAGCAGCAUGGAUAACUCUAUGCAAGAGUUGUCAAAAUCACCAAGAACCACCGAAAUUAUGGCCAAUGUUAGGACACCUCUUGCAGCAAAGGAUUCUUUAUGCAAUCAGAAUGGAUCAUUCGAUGCUUCGUCAGGAUUGAUAGUGGCCGACGUGGAAACGACAGCUAAAGAUGCUGUGACAUUCUAGUUGCAGUUUUUCUCAUCGUGGCCAUAUAUGUUAUGGAGUUAGAGCUGGCAAGAGGGAAUGUGUGUCCCACAGGAAUCUGAAGGUGACCUAGUUUACUAUUGGCAUUGCCUGCCCUGGAAUUGUCAUGUCAAAUUGUAUCUGAAAUUAUUUUUGACCACUCACUCGCUGCAAGUCUUUCUAAGCACAUAUUUUAUGCUUAAUUUUAUGUAUUAAUAAUGUGUUUUAUUUGCAAAUUUUUUAUAAAAUUCUUCCUCAUC